AUGGCCGAUGUCAAACCGCCCAAGCCGGCACCGAAACCAGGACGUGUCGCCGUUUAUCGUGCACUUUACGACUAUACUGCAACUAGUGAUAAAGAGAUGUCAUUCAAUGAAGGCGAUCUGCUGUAUGUAACAGAUAAUGUGGCUGAAACAGACUGGUUAACGGCUCGAUGUGGUGGACAAACCGGAUUGAUACCACGAAAUCACGUGAUGAGUGCCGAAUACAUAGACUAUCCGUUACACGACGCAGCUAAACGAGGGAACGAACAAUUCGUGAAUGAAUGCCUCGAGAAUGCGGUUUCAGCCAACAGCCUUGAUAAAUCUGGCUCGACCGCUUUGUAUUGGGCUAGUCAUGCGGGUCAUACGAAUAUAGUGAAAAUGCUUGUUGCAAUCCCAAAUAUGUGCAUCUCAGCACAGAACAAACUGGGGGAUACAGCACUGCAUGCUGCUGCCUGGAAAGGGCAUGCACAAUGUGUGCAAGUACUUCUGGAGAAUGGCGCAAGCACAAGCGUGCAUAACAAUGAACGGAAACGACCGAUCGAUGUGGCUAUGGAUGCUGAAUGCCGGCAUUUAAUUUAUGAGGCAAUGCGUUCAAGUGGCCAACAUCCACAACCGCAAUAUGAUGAUGAUUACCUCUCUGCAUCCGAUGCGGAAGAGGAGUCGUGA